AAUGAAGUUGUUCUUUGCUGCAACAGUUCGUCACUUCGUCCCUGAAUUCACGCUGUCGUUGUUACGAACGGGAAAUUAACACCGUAGUCCGUUGUUACAUUAUCAGUCUUCAAGAUAACAAAAAAAUAUAAUGAACUGACCCGCAAUUUGAAACAAAAAACAGCGCUUUCUCUAAACUUGGCAUAACCAGGAAGUACUGAGGCGUCAUAUGAUGCUAGAAAAAUGGCUGCGGUGCAGUGGCGUUCCCGUGGGCGCAGCUAUGACACAGAGCUGCAGAGAUGUCACCCUGAAGCUGCUCCAGUUGAGUUUGGCGACUACCAUCCCCUCAAACCCAUCAUGGUGACAGAUACAAAGACCCGGCGCGGGGCCCGUAAAGGCAGCACCUCCUCGUCUUCCUCCUCCUCGUCCUCGGCACCCGCGGACCCCCUCAGCUCCAUGCUGGAUGGGACCGACCCCCUCUCCAUGUUUGCCAGCGAGGCUCCGACCAUGUCACACAGCGCCUCAACAGGGGACCUGGGGCGGAAGAGGAGGGAAAAGGAGGAAGAGGCGGUGGGACAAGACUUCGAGCCCUGGUCGUCAAAACGAGGAGAGAUCCUGGCCAGGUUCACCACCACUGAGAAGCUCUCAAUUAAUCUUUUCAUGGGCUCUGAUAAAGGAAAAGCUCCAAGUCCAGGAUCAGCAGUUUCAGAGAAAGUUCGUACUCGCCUGGAGGAACUGGAUGAUCUGGAGGAGGGCUCCCAGAGAGAGCUGCUGAACCUCUCCCAGCAGGAUUACGCCAACCGCAUUGAGGAGCUGAACCAGUCCCUGAAGGAGGCCUGGGCCUCGGACCAGAAGGUCAAAGCCCUGAAGAUCGUCAUCCAGUGCUCCAAGCUUCUGUCCGACACCUCUGUGAUCCAGUUCUACCCCAGCAAGUUUGUUCUCAUCACUGAUAUCCUCGACACUUUCGGCCGGCUGGUGUACGAUAGAAUCUGGACCAUGUGCUCAGACCCAAGACCCCUGCCAGAGUCCUUCACAGUUGAUGAUGUGAAUGACACAGCAAAGGAGACGUGCCUCAAUUGGUUCUUCAAGAUCGCCUCCAUCAGAGAGCUUUUGCCUAGAUUAUACGUCGAGGCUGCCAUUCUCAAGUGUAACCGUUUCCUAAACAAAUCGGGUAUUCAGGAGACACUCCCUCGGUUGACGGCCAUGAUCAGAGGGAUCGGGGACCCUCUGGUGGCAGCGUACACCAGAGCUUACCUCUGCAGGGUGGGCAUGGAGGUCGCCCCCCAGCUGAAAGACAGCCUGAAUCGGAACUUCUUCGACCUGCUGGGCACCUUCCGGCAGAUCAGCGGGGAGAGCGUCCAGAACCAGCUGGUCCUGCAGAGGGUGGAAGUGCCCGAGUACCUGACGCUGUAUUCACCCGCCAUCAACUGGAUCCUGCAGUGCAUCGCCUACAGAGCUCCAGAGCCUCUGCUGACAGAGAUGAUGGAGAGAUGCAAGAAGCUGGGGAACAAUGCCCUGCUGCUGAAUUCAGUCAUGAGGGCGUUCAGGCCAGAGUUUGUUGCGGCCAGAGCCACAGACUUCAUCGGUAUGAUCAAAGACUGCGACGAGGCCGGCUUCCCGAAGCACCUGCUGUUUGGGUCUCUGGGUCGCAGUCUGGCCUGUGCUGACCCCCCAGAAUCCGAGAGGCUGACGAUUCUCAAUGAAGCGUGGAAGGUCGUCACCAAAGUGCGCAGUCCUCAGGAUUACAUCAACUGUGCUGAGAUCUGGGUGGAGUUCACCUGCCGGCACUUUACAAAACGUGAGGUCAACACCGUCCUGGCUGACAUCAUCAAACACAUGACUCCUGACCGGGCGUUUGAGGACGCUUAUCCACAGCUGCAGUCAGUGAUCAGGAAGAUCCUCACCUACUUUCACGACUUCUCCGUCCUCUUCGCCAUGGAGCGUUUCCUGCCAUUUCUCGACAUGUUCCAGAAGGAUAGCGUGAGGGUGGAGGUCUGCAGAUCCAUCAUGGAGGUCUUCAUCAAACACCAGGUGGAGCCCACCAGAGACCCGGUCAUCCUCAACGCCAUGUUGCACAUCUGCAAGACCAUGCACGACUCUGUCAACGCUCUCACUCUUGAGGAUGAGAAAAGAUCUUUGGCUCUGCUGAUCAUCGGCUUCAUCCGCAUGGUGUCUUUUGGUCGUGACUUCGAGCAGCAAUUGAGUUUCUGUGUGGAGGCCAGAGCCACCUUCUGUAACCUGGAGCCAGUGCUGGUGCAGCUCAUUCACACGGUGAACCAGCUGGCGAUGGAGACCAACAGGGUGAUGAGAGGGAGUCACUCCAGGAAAACAGCGGCUUUUGUCAGGGCGUGCGCUGCCUACAGUUUCAUCACCAUCCCGUCUCUCAGCAGCAUCUUCAGCCGUCUCAGCCUCUACCUGCUGUCUGGUCAGGUUGCCUUGGCAAACCAGUGUCUCUCCCAGGCGGAUGCUUUCCUAAAGGCAGCGGUCAGUAUUCUUCCGGAGGUUCCUCGCUCCAUCAGCGUGGAGGGGAAGCUUCGCUCCUCAGAGAGCUUCCUGCUGGACUUCAUCAACAACUUCCUGGCCACGCUUCUGGUUGUCCCGGAUCACCCAGAGCACGGCGUGCUCUACCUAGUUCGCGGUCUGCUCAACAUGGUCCAAGAUUACACCUGGGAGGACAACAGCGACGCCAAGGUGCGGGUCUACAUCAGUGCUCUGCCCCUGCUGGCCGCCAUGAGCCAGGAAACCUACCUCUACUCCAUCCCUAAAGUGGACUCCAAUGAGACACUUUACGGAGGAGACCCAAAGUUUUUAUCAGAGAUCAACAAGCUGUGCGAGACCCUGAUUGGACAGAUCCUGGACCACCUGAAGACUCUCGGUCGGGACGAGCAGAGCACGCGGCGUCAAGGCGCUCUGGCCUUUUCCCUGUUCGGGGUCCUGCUGGCUCACGGCGACCUGAGGAACAACAAGCUGAGCCAGCUGGCCGUCAACCUGUGGAACCUCAGCCACAAACACGGAUACUGUGAGACUCGUGUCUCGGUUCGGACUCUGGAGUACAUGAAACACCAGGCUCUGCAGCCGGACAUGAGUCACCUGACGGAUACCGUCCAGAGGUUGGCACUACAGUCCCGCACCUAAACAUCAACCUCAUCAGCUUUUUGUGAAAGUGGUCAUGCUCAAUGAUUGUGUAAAUAAAAGAUGCCAGCAAGGACGAGGAAGAAGAGAAAAUGCCUUAAUGUAUUCUGAAGAGGUGUACAUGGAUAAAAAGCACUUCGGUUUCUUGGCACAGAAUAUUUACCGUCCGGUUUGGACCAAUGUAAAAAGCUCAGUAUUGAUACUUGUAGACUGAAGUUACAGGAAGCUGUUUUUGUGCCAAUAUUCCAUUUUUUUUUUCCAUUUUCAAGUUAAAAAUGGCAAAUGAUUUAACCAUCACAGUACAAUAAACGCUAACAUAAAAAAUAUUUCGAGAUUGUUAAUUUAUCGUAUGCAGUGUCGCUGUUUAAAUAAAUUAUGACAUUAUUCAGAAGAAGA